GCUUUCGUUCGCAUGGCCCGGGCGAUCAGCAUGUGCUGCCCCGCUAACAACCGAUCCAUGCCUGGAGUUUAGCAAGGGCCUCUUCCGCUCUGUCUUCGCAACCCUUCCUGCUGGCGGCCUCCCGAGUUUAAGUUUCCUGCAUCAAAUAAUCCACUACUCCGUACAUACCUCCAAUUGGCAAAACGAGACGGAGGCGGCGGCGCAAUUCGAGUCCAGCUAGUUUCUUCCCUCUCCACGACAGUUCAAACCCAUCCUGACGAGCUGUUGGCGCCCUGCGACCAGUACCGGGUAUCUACCGGGCUUGGUUGGGUAUACACAGCCGUCGCCUUUUGCUCUGCAAGCGCCUUGGAUUUCGUCUCAUGCGCCCGUCACUGCAGCUCUCAUCCCAGUUCACUCAUUCUCCCUUCUCGACGACUACUACCCUCCAGGGCGCUCAUCGUUGCCUCACCCAGCCAUCUCGUGCCGUUCGACUUUCACCUACUUGUAUUGCCCCAACAUCCCUGUCGCUGCGGCUCCCUCAAAAACCUGAACCUGUCCGACAACAGCAACUCAACCAUUUCACUGAUCGCGCCAGAUUCAGAGGUUAUCCCUACGGCAAACCUUUGGUCGCGUCUGCCCACGGACUUUUUGCCGUCUUCGCUGCCGCUCUCGUGUUAUCCACCUAUCUUGCACUACGCCCACAGGACAUUAGAUCGCAGGAUACUCCGGAUUUGACCGCAUUCGUCGAAGACAUGGCAGUUGAAACCGCACCGGGCCGUCCAGGGAACUUGACUCCCGAGCAGGAGGAAAAGCUGAGGCGGUUAUGGCAGCUCAUUUUCCAAGUCUGUGGGGUGGGCCAGGAUCAGAACGGUGCUGGGUCGGACGGCAACGCGGCCGACAAGGCGCCAGAUGCCGACUCUAAGAAGAAGAAGAGCCGCUUGUUGCUCUUCUCGCGUAAGAGCAAGAAGGACGCAGACGCGGACUCGGCGUCAGGGGCAUCAGCGAAUGCGCCUAUUCAGCUGAACCUGUCAAAGGACGGGGAAGGCGACAAGUACGGCCUUACCAAGCACUUCUACGAGACCCUCGCUAGCCAGUCUCCCGAGACCAUCCGGAACACCUUCUGGAGCAUGGUGAAGCACGACCACCCGGACGCGCUCGUGCUCCGCUUUCUCCGGGCGCGUAAAUGGGAUGUUGAGAGGGCGCUCAUCAUGCUCAUCUCGACGAUGAACUGGCGGGCGCAGGUCAUGAAAGUCGAUGACGACAUCAUCAGAAACGGCGAGGCGGCCGCGGCGGCGGCCGAGAAGAGCACCGACCCCGAGGCGCAGAGGCUUGCGCAUGAUUUUAUGACCCAGCUCAGGAAGGGCAUCAGCUAUGUGCAUGGCGUCGACAAGGAGGGCAGGCCCCUCUGCUUUGUCAAUGUCAGGCUACACAGGCAAGGCGAGGAGGCCGAGGAGGCGUUGGAGCGGUACACUGUGUAUCUCAUCGAGACGUGCCGCAUGGUACUACAGCCGCCGGUCGACACCGCUACGAUCGUUUUUAACAUGACGGACUUCUCCAUGGCGAACAUGGACUACGCGCCCCUGAGGUUCAUGAUCAAGUGUUUCGAGGCCAACUACCCCGAAUGCCUAGGCGCGGUGCUGGUACACAAGGCCCCUUGGAUCUUCCAAGGCAUCUGGAAGGUCAUCCGCGGCUGGCUCGACCCAGUGGUCGCCAACAAAGUGCACUUCACCAACAACGUCAAGGACGUGGAGGAGUUCGUCCCGAUCGAGCACAUCCCCAAGGAACUCGACGGCGAGGAGGACUGGACGUACCAGUACGUCGAGCCGGUGGAGGGCGAGAACGACAAGCUCAACGACGCCGAGACCCGCGAGCGGCUGCUGGCCGCCCGCCAGGGUCUGUACCAGGAGUACGAGGAGGCGACGCUCGAGUGGAUCCAGAAUCCCGAGGGAGACAAGGCGGCCGAGAUCAAGGCGCGGCGGAACGAUAUCGCGAACAGGCUGCGCGAGGACUACUGGAACUUGGACCCCUAUCUGCGCGCGCGGUCUUACUACGACAGGACCGGGGUGCUGCGGCCGGAUGGGAGCCUCAAUUGGUACCCCGCGGCGAAUGGGGCUUCGGCAGCAUCUGCACCUGCGCCUGUGCCUGCACCUGAACCUGCGCCGGCAGCUGAACCUGCGCCUGCACCUGCUCCUGAGGUUUCUGCGGAUGAUGUUGAUUAGGCGGGACGGUGUUGGCGCCAAACAGAAAUUCCGCGUACCCAUCAGCCUGUUCAACACGGUCGGAUUCCGGGGCUUGGAUGAGUACUGUCGUUCCUCUCCUCUUCUCCUGAGAAAUACACCCGCAGCAUCCUCAACGGGCCUGU